UCAUCACCGCCCCUCCCUUUCCGCCUUCGCUCGCCUCUCUCUUUUUUUUUCAGUCCCGCUCGCCCGUCAGAAAGGUACUCCAGUGUUGGAGGCUAGGCUACCCUCCUCUCGGACCGCCGUACGAGAGCCAGCCGCCGUCGUACCCCAAGGCUCGGGCUCCCACCCUCCUCUCUCACGGCUCCAACCAUGGCAACCACCGCUACUUCCACACGGUUCACCGACGAGUACCAGCUGUACGAGGAGCUCGGGAAGGGAGCUUUUUCAGUGGUGCGUAGGUGUAUAAAGAAGUCAUCCGGACAAGAGUAUGCUGCAAAAAUUAUCAACACUAAGAAGCUUUCUGCACGAGACCAUCAGAAGCUUGAGAGAGAAGCUCGUAUCUGCCGUCUCCUGAAGCACUCCAACAUCGUGAGGCUGCAUGACAGCAUUUCAGAGGAAGGCUUUCAUUACCUCGUCUUUGACCUAGUGACAGGAGGAGAGCUUUUUGAAGAUAUCGUGGCCAGGGAGUACUACAGUGAGGCUGAUGCCAGCCACUGCAUACAGCAGAUCCUGGAGAGUGUCCAUCACUGCCAUGUCAACGGGAUUGUUCACAGAGAUUUGAAGCCUGAGAACCUUCUGUUGGCCAGUAAGCUGAAGGGGGCGGCGGUCAAGUUGGCUGACUUUGGGCUGGCCAUCGAGGUACAGGGGGACCAACAGGCAUGGUUUGGUUUUGCCGGGACCCCAGGCUACUUGUCUCCAGAGGUUCUGAGAAAAGAUCCGUAUGGGAAACCGGUUGACAUGUGGGCCUGUGGUGUGAUUUUAUACAUCCUCCUGGUGGGCUACCCUCCCUUCUGGGAUGAAGAUCAGCAUCGCCUCUAUCAACAAAUCAAGGCCGGAGCCUAUGAUUUUCCAUCCCCAGAGUGGGACACCGUCACUCCUGAGGCCAAAGAUCUGAUUAACAAGAUGCUAACAAUCAACCCCAGUAAACGCAUCACAGCAGCUGAAGCGCUCAAACAUCCCUGGAUCUGCCAACGGUCCACCGUAGCCUCAAUGAUGCACCGGCAGGAGACUGUGGAGUGUCUGAAGAAGUUUAAUGCCAGAAGGAAACUCAAGGGAGCAAUACUGACCACUCUGCUGGUCACAAGAAACUUUUCAGCAGCCAAAAGUUUGCUCAACAAGAAGCCUGACGGAGUGAAGGUCAACAACAAAGCCAACACAGUGACCAGUCCUAAAGAAACUGGCCCUGCCUCUGCACUGGAACCACAGACCACUGUAAUCCACAACCCUGUAGAUGGAAACAAGGAAUCCAUUGAAAGUGCCAACACCACUAUUGAGGAUGAAGAUGUCAAAGCCUGCACCAAUAACAAUAAAGCUCGCAAACAGGAAAUUAUUAAGGUCACCGAGCAGCUGAUCGAGUCUAUAAACAAUGGAGAUUUUGAAGCCUACGCGAAGAUUUGUGAUCCUGGUCUGACUUCCUUUGAGCCUGAGGCCCUGGGGAACCUAGUGGAAGGACACGAUUUUCAUCGCUUUUAUUUUGAGAAUGCUCUGUCUAAAGGGAAUAAGCCGGUUCACACCAUCCUCCUGAACCCACAUGUGCAUCUUAUUGGGGAAAAUGCAGCCUGUAUUGCUUACAUUCGGCUGACCCAAUACAUGGAUGGCAGUGGUAUGCCGCGCACCAUGCAGUCUGAGGAGACCCGUGUGUGGCACCGCCGGGAUGGCAAGUGGCAAAACAUUCACUUCCAUCGCUCAGGCGCGCCCACCAUCCCGUCCCAUUAAUGGAUUAUCAUUGUGUGGAAAGAAAACAAAUCCUAUCAGCAGAUCUAGUGGAGCAGUCAACUAGCCAACCCUCUGAUUGCUCUUUCUACCUUUGACCCUUCUGUAAAAGGACACGACGUCGCACAGGACACAAGCAUUACUACAUUUUGCUGUUACGGUAUUUUACAAAAGAACAAUAUUCGAGACCACCACAGAGUGGCAGCACACCGUAUUUGGACAUUAAGAACUUUUGUUUGUUUCGUUUCGUUUGUUUUUUAAAAAUGUUUUGGUAUGCAUUUUAAAUAUGAAAUACGAUAUGUUUAAAAAUCUGCUACUGUAACUUCUCCUCCCCCUCAAAAAAAAAAAAAAAGAAAAAAAUUUGUUCUGUAUUUUUAUGUGUGUUUAUGUGUGCAACUUGAAAACAUUCGGGAGAUCAGAAUAUCAAAAAUGGAGCUUGCUUUAGUUCUGGUGAUGCAUAUACAUUGUGAUUGUUGAUAAAAAGAAAACAAACACUGAAGUCGCUAUUCUUCCUGAGGAGUUUAUGUAAAAUCAAAUUUACGAGCUACAUUUAUGUUUGCUAUGAGCCAAGUCAAACCGUUUAAAUGGUCAGAUUUUAACCUAUUGUACUAAUUUAAAUGUAAGGAAAAGCAGAGCAGCUUACACUUUGCAUCGAGAUGUGUUUGCCUUUAUAUCAGUGAAAUAAGAAAUAAGAGAAUGUAGCAUAUAUGUAACAUAUGAAAACUCAAGACUAUUGUGUAGUGCAUGGCGGGUGGGGGGAAAUACCAUGAGUAAGAGCUUAUGAAACUAUAAAAAUCUGCUGUUUGAUUUGUCAAAUCAAUGACGCGUUUGUUAUUGUUGUGCAUCGGUCCUGUCAGAUGUUUCUGAUGUCCUCCAGUAUCAUGAAAAGUGUUGUAAAAAGAUUAAAAUCUCUUCCGGUUGACAUCCAGCGCAAAAAUAUCUGAACCUCUUGUCAAACAGGAGGGCAGAAUCGACCUUUACAUUUUGUAACAAAAAUGAGAAGAACACAAACUCAUUUCCCACACUGUUUGUACUUGUAUUGUGUACCUGUAUGUGUAGGGUUUCUGUUGUCAUUCUGAACUUGUCACAGCAGUCUGUUGGUUUACCAGAUGCCGAGAGAAAAUGUAGCUAGGGGAAGAGGAAACAACAACUCUGAAGUUUGUCGAGUGAACGGCUGAUGUCGUCGGAACAAAAGUGUUUCAGCUCGGAGGGUAAAAGAGAAUCAAGGUUGGACGGCGAUGAAAGCUGGGAUGUCUUCCUUGUCGAUCAGUGCUUCUGCCGGCCAGUGGUCCCACCAUGGCAGGACAAUGACAGUGUCUACGUCAUCCCUACUGUUUGCUGUUUCCAGUUGGUUUGUCUCUUCUUUUGUGAGGAGAAAACGUUUAUUUUGACAAAAAGUAUGAUGUCAUUGCAACGCAGCACCCCUUGUAUGGUGUGUACCUGUUGCCAGCAUGGCAAUAGAUGGCUUAAUAUGGUUAAGAAAUAAAUAUACCAGAUAAAAAGUGUGACAAAAAUGGGUUUGAAUAUGGCUUGUGUGCCUGGCCAUUUACUUCAUUAGAAUUUUUAGGUUAAAGGUUAUGAAUAUUUAUGUAUUUCAACUAACAUACGGUAUAGAUUAGAUUUUUUUAAAUUGGAAGAAAAGAUUUAGAAUAAAUAAUAUCUUAUGUCUUGUAGAUAGCUCUUUGAUCAACCUCAGUUUAAAGAAUUACUUUAAUUCUGUCUGAAUGGAUGAGCAACUACUCCAAUCUCAAAGUUUUCACAGCAUUUUGCUGUUUUAUACAUCUGUACACUGCAGUCAAGUUUGUAAUACAUAUUGUUUCAGCAAAAGAAUCAUCAUAUUCAAGACAUCAAAACUGCUACAUUAUUUACACGUGCAAAAACCUUAAAAUUUUAUGUAUUUAAUUGUGUUUAAAAAUAGUAACAAUGAAAAAGUUUAUAAAACAGUGUUUGCAUGAACCAAUAAGAAUCUUUUAAUGCUUUUUCUCCAAACUGAACUCUCUCAUAAAGCUAUCUAUAACAGGUAAGAUAUUAUUUGUUCAUAGAACUCUAGAAAAAAAAACUGCAGCUGAAAUUAACCUGAUUCCCUGCAGGGGACAGCAGAAUGUCACCCAGUUUUCCAUCAGCUUCAGGGAUUAAUAAAAGUAAAAACAGAUAUUAAUUGAAUGAAUGUGUGUUGCCGGUUUUGUUUUAAAAGAAGUUAAAUUUAUAUAAAAUAUAUAGCCAAAGCAGACACUGUACAUUAGUAGACUUUUAUUUUCUAUCAGCCAUAGAUACACUGCAGCCAUCUUGUUUUUGUCUUUUGAAAUUUGAUACAGUAAUACAUGCCCUUGUAGAUAUUUAGAUAUGCGCUGUAAAUGUAUAUAACUGUCAUCACAGAAAAGGGAUGCUGAUCUUGGAAAAUUAAAAGCAUACCUGUCACAGUGAACUUUCACUACUUUGCAUUUUUCUAAAUCGCAAAGAAAACAGUGCUAAGUGAUAUAAAUAAACAUUGUAAGUACAUACAGCAACAGUGCAUCAAGCUGUGAACAACCGCAUAUUUGAGCUCUUAACUUGCCCUUUUCUGCGUUUUUAUUAACUUCCAUGUUUCACCUCUGCUUCCUCGCUGUGGCUGUUGAAUGUUUACCUCAUGUCCUGUGCUCAGAAAGCAUGGAGGUGUUCUCACCUGACAUUCUGGAGUGCAAAAGCGAUUUGUGUAAAAUAAACAGCUCUAAUCUUUUCUCACAAAAAAAAAAA